AUGGAUUCAACCUCGAGAUCGCUCGCCUUGCUCCUUCUUCUUUUUCUUCUUCUUGUCCUCGGUCAUGACUCCUCGUCUACGGGCCCCGAUUCAGCAGCAGCGGCAGAUCCCCAGCCCCAAUUGCAGGCGCAGGCCCCAACUCCCACCCCAUGGCCGCUUCAGUUUCACUCCAUUCUGUUCAUGAACUUCUCAGGGGCCAUAUCCCUGAUCGACCUCUGGUACGACUGGCCCAAGGGCCGUAACUUCAACAUUAUCCAGGACCAGUUAGGGCAGCUCCUCUACGAUCUCGAGUGGAACAACGGCACCUCCUUCGUGUACACCCUCGACGACCCUCGCCGCUGCAGCGUCCUCGAUGUAGGGUUCGGCAUCCUCCGCCCUAAUUGGCUCGACGGCGCCGAAUACCUCGGUCAGGAGCGCGUCGGCGGCUUCCUCUGUAACGUCUGGCAAAAGGUGGACUUCAUCUGGUACUACGAGGACGUCGCCACCAAGAGGCCUGUCCACUGGAUCUUUUACACAGGUACAUCCCCUAGGUUUCUUCUUCUUCCCUUCCCCUCACUCCUUUCAAUCUUCCUCGAGAGAGAGAAGGUUUGAAAUCCUCUUGUGGCAGGGAGAUCUGCGCAUGUGAUGACCUUCGAGGUGGGAGCGACGCUGGAGGACGAGAAAUGGCAGGGGCCCGUCUACUGUUUCCAGAAGGACGAGGACGAGCUGCGGCCGGAGAAUCAGACCGACCUCGGCGAGUAUUCUCGGAGGAUUCUGACGGAUAAACGCUCCUUCAGAGGUCUCUCGGGCUUCUGA